GCGGCUCUAUUUCCGCCUGAAAACCCAAAAUCAAAAGCUCUCGCCGCCUUCAAAGUUUCUCCUUGCGUGCACAGUGCGUGAGAAAUGAAAAUGCGUGGCGGCGGCGGCGAAGUGGAAGUGAAAAGGGUGUUUAUUGGAGCGGGAUGCAACAGAAUAGUGAACAACGUUUCAUGGGGUGCUUCCGGUUUCGUCUCUUUUGGAGCUCACAACGCCGUUGCUAUUUUCUGCCCCAAGAGUGCUCAAAUUGUGACUACUCUUCCGGGUCACAAGGCAGUUGUGAAUUGCACCCACUGGCUCCCAACUUCCAAGUUUCUAUUUAAAGCAAAACAAUUGGAGAAGCAUUAUUUGCUUUCUGGGGAUGCAGACGGUGCUAUUAUUUUGUGGGAACUGUCCCUUGUUGAUGGCAAGUGGAGGCAAGUGUUUCAGCUGCCACAAUUGCACAAGAAAGGUGUUACAUGCAUUAGUGGAAUGAUGGUUUCUCAAACUGAGGCAAUGUUUGCAUCUACUUCUUCAGAUUGCACCGUUUGUGUAUGGGAACUUGUAUUUCCAGUGACUGGCAGCGGUGACUGUAAGUUGUCGUGCCUGGACUCUUUCUCGAUUGGAUCUAAAUCUAUGGUAGCCCUAUCAUUAGCUGAAUUGCCUGGAGAUUCUGGGAAUAUUGUCCUUGCAAUGGGAGGAUUGGAUAACAAAGUUCAUCUUUAUUGUGGUGGAAGGACAGGAAAGCUUGUACAUGCAUGUGAGCUAAAAGGGCAUACAGAUUGGAUCCGGAGUUUGGACUUCUCAUUGCCUAUAAAUGUGAAUGGGGAAGCAAACAAUAUUUUUCUGGUUAGUUCAUCUCAGGAUAAAGGCAUACGAAUUUGGAAGAUGGCAUUACGCAGCUCUAUGUUGAAUGGAAAUGGCAUAUGCAAGAAAGGGGAAAUAAGCUUAUCAUCCUAUAUAGAAGGUCCUGUACUUUUGGCUGGUUCAUCUUCUUUUCAGAUAUCCUUAGAAACUCUUUUAAUUGGACAUGAGGAUUGGGUAUAUUCAGUAAUGUGGCAACCCCCUUUGGUUUCAUCCCUAGAAGGGGGUACCUAUUAUCAACCACAAAGUAUCUUAUCUGCAUCCAUGGACAAGACUAUGAUGAUCUGGCAACCUGAAAAGACUUCUGGUGUCUGGAUGAAUGUUGUCACUGUUGGGGAACUAAGCCACUGUGCUCUGGGUUUCUAUGGUGGCCAUUGGAGCCCAAAUGGAGAUUCAAUUUUAGCACAUGGAUAUGGUGGAUCUUUCCAUCUUUGGAAAAAUGUUGGUAAUGAUAAUUGGCUGCCACAAAAGGUUCCCUCUGGUCAUUUUGCACCAGUUACUGAUAUUUCCUGGGCUAGAUCCGGUGAUUAUAUUAUAUCUGCCAGUCACGAUCAGACAACUAGAAUUUUUGCUCCAUGGAAAGUUGAGGCUUCUCUUCAACAUGGAGAAUUUUGGCAUGAAAUAUCUCGUCCUCAAGUUCAUGGUCAUGAUAUAAAUUGUAUGGCGGUUAUUCAUGGGAAGGGGAAUCAUCGUUUUGUCAGUGGAGCUGAUGAAAAAGUUGCCAGAGUAUUUGAAGCCCCGUUAUCAUUUCUUAAGACAUUAAAUAAUGCCACUCUGCAGAAGUCUUGUUCUUCUGAUGAUAUCUUAGGAAAUGUUCAGAUUUUGGGUGCAAAUAUGUCAGCUCUUGGACUAUCACAGAAACCUAUUUAUGUUCAAGCUUUCCAUGAGAUUCCCGAGAGAAGAGGCAUCGAUGGUAUUGACACCCUUGAAACUAUUCCGGACGCUGUUCCAACUGUUUUCACCGAACCUCCAAUUGAAGAUCAACUGGCUUGGCAUACACUUUGGCCUGAAUCACAUAAACUCUAUGGGCAUGGAAAUGAACUAUUUUCCUUAUGCUGCGAUCAUAGGGGUGAGCUAGUUGCUUCUUCGUGUAAGGCCCAGUCUGCCUCUGUUGCAGAGGUAUGGCUUUGGCAGGUCGGAUCGUGGAAAGCAGUUGGCCGCUUGCAAUCCCACAGCUUGACGGUGACACAGAUGGAAUUCUCACAUGACGACAAUUUUCUUUUAACUGUCUCAAGGGAUCGCCAGUUCUCGGUUUUUUCAAUCACAAGAACAGGGUCCGGUGAAAUUAGUUAUAGUCUUCUUGGGAGGCAGGAGGGGCACAAGCGGAUUAUCUGGUCAUGUUCAUGGAAUCCUCAUGGUCAUGAAUUUGCUACAGGCUCACGGGAUAAGACGGUGAAAAUCUGGGCCGUUGAAAAGGAUUCGUCCAUCCGGCAGCUUAUGACUUUGCCUCAAUUUAUGAGUAGUGUGACAGCGUUAUCUUGGGUUGGUCUCCAUCAUCAGAGGGAUCAGGGACUUCUAGCUGUUGGAAUGGAAAAUGGGCAAAUAGAAUUGUGGAAUCUGUCUUAUAACAGAGCAGAUGAUGGUUGCAUAGCAGCAUCAGCUUUGGUUGCUGCUCUUGUUGUACGUAUAGAUCCUUUUAUAUGCCAUGCCUCUGCUGUAAACUGCUUAGCGUGGAAGAAAAAUCAGGAAGAUCACACGAGUCUGCAACUUGCUUCUUGCGGAGCUGAUAAUUGUGUAAGAGUGUUUGAUGUAACGGUUUAGAAUUAGAGUAUUGUUCCCCCUUCUUUUUUGAUAUAUAUGUAGAUUGAUUUUUGAUCCUCAUACCUAUGGCGAAGAAGAUUUAUGGCUUGCGUUCUUCUUCUCCAGAAAUACCUGUUAGUAUACUUCUAUUGUCAGGAAUGUCAUUCGGCUAUAUGAACAGAGCUCAUUAGCUCCAUUUUGUAACAAUUAUUUGGUGUCACGCCAUCAAAAUAAUAUUUAUCGUUUUUUUUUUAUGUAAA